UGCGUUGUACCUUACGAUUAUAACCUCUAUCGUAAACAACUGUUUAUUUACCAAUUCGAUUCAAGUUAAUUUCUAAUUGUUGAAUGGAAUUUGAGAGAUGAUCAUCGCGUUAUAAAAUGUCGUAUCAAGAUUCACCGUUUUCAACAAUGUACGGUCAGGACGAUUACGACAUCGAUGAGGAUAACGAAGAGUACCUGGAGGAUGAUCGAGAAGCUGAUGAGCAAGAUGAGAGUGACGAAGACACUGAGGAGGCAAGCGAGACUGACCUAGGCAAAUCCGAAGAAUACACAGAGAUAAAGGAGCAAGUCUACCAGGACAAGUUAGCCAGCUUGAAAAAACAAUUACAGCAACUGAAAGAUGGUACUCAUCCGGAAUAUAAUCGCAAGUUAAAACGCUUGGAGGCACAAUAUAAAGAAAGACUGAGGUUGAAUAUUAUUUAUCGAGAUUAUCUGACUGAAUGGGUAGAAAGAGAUUACAUAUUGGAGAAGAAAGCAGCGGUUAAGGAAUUCGAAGAGAAAAAGGUAGACCUGAAGGCAAACUUGCUGAGCGAUAUGGAGGAGAAAAGGAAAAUGAUACAGUCUGACCUACACACUAUGGAGCUUACAGGAGACUCGAUGGAGGUGAAGCCUGUAAUGACAAGAAAGUUGAGGAGACGACCCAACGACCCUGUCCCCGAAAAAGUAGAGAAACGAAGAAAACCUCCUCCUGCACAAUUGAACUACCUUUUAGACGAGAAAGAGAUCGAGAGCGAUUUGAAAGCUAUUAGCCGUGGUAAAGUACUGACUACUGUUCGAAAACCAGCAGUGAUUCCGCAUUAUAAUACAGUGAACAUGCCCUCGCAACAUAUUUCUCCAACUUCCGAGACACCCCUAGUGGAGACUAGGAUAGAAGAUGGAAAACUUCUACACGAAAGGCGAUGGUUCCAUCGUGGACAACCUGUGUAUGUGGAAGGAAAAGACUUGACAAGAUUCGCGGCUAAUAUUUCUGCGAUCGGAACCGAGGCUAUUUGGGUGAAGAAAGUCUCGGACGGGAGUAAAGUACGGAUAUACAUAUCCCAGCUGAGUCGAGGGAAGAUCUCAAUAAAAAGAAGAGCAUCCUAACGAAAUUGUCCGUCGUUACGGCGGAAAAAGUGUUCAGUAACCGUUAAACUUGUGAUAUAUUAGAUUUGUAGUUUAUUCGAGUUCUAUCUUUUUUUUGGAUCUAAUAUAAUUCUCACUGUACUUGCCUUUUGCCACCAAUAAAACCAGACGAUACUGUAUUGUAACAAGGGCAUUGUGGCUAACAAUAGAUAAGUAGCCCAAAAGGAACUUAUCGUUGAUUAUUUUUCGUGCAGAAAUUAACCGUUAUAAAUGCACCGGAGCAUCAGAUUGUCAUUGACGAGAAAA